GUGAAAUAUAGUGACUUUUGGCCUUGUUUCUGGCUUCAGAGAUUCCCUGAUUUGAAAUUUCUGCGCAAUAAAAACCCUAUCUACCAAUCACAAACCCUAGAUUUUGUCUAUUUUCUUCCUCCCAAUUCUUUCUUGAUCUGUGUAGCCUUCGUUCGGAUUCUCCAUUUAUUUGUUUGUUUGUUUUUUUCUUCAUUUCAUUGAAAGAAGGUGCAGAUUUGAUCCGAUUCUGUUUGAGCUGAAUUUUUGUAGAUCAGAUUCCGAAUUAGAAACCCAGAAUCGAAUUGGGUUAACUUGAACAAAAUUGUUCAGCAAUCGUGGGUGUUGUUAAAGCUUAAAACUCUUGAUCUGAAAUUGAGUGAAACAUCGAAUUGAGUGCUUUUUUCCGGGAAAUUUGAUGGAGUGAUUCAAGGGAGAGAGAAAAGGGAACGAUGACUGGAUUGGGCGUUCGAUCCAGUAGCUAUGGUUCCUUGGAGAAGACGGGACUCAACGGCGUCGUUUUGCCAAUCCAGACGACUACGACGCGUACCAAACCAUCUAAGAUGCAGAAGGAGAGGGAAGGUAUUGUACAUUGGAUCUGCAAAUUCGCGGGUCGUAAGAAGGUGGGCAUGUUGCUCCUCUUCCUAAUCUCCGCCGUCGUCUUCGUUCGCGUCCUUUACGUCGGAAAAGGUGAAGAUGGUCAGGAAGUUCAAGUUCCUCCGAGUCUUCAUUUCAAUGGUAGUUCAGUUGUAAAUCAUUCCAACAUGUUACCAACAAAUGAAGACCAAAACAUCAAUAUUCGAAAUAUAUCUUUUCUGGGAACAAAUGUUUUAGUGUCCCCUACUCCUCCUAUGCAUUUUCUUGGGUAUACGCUUCCUCAAGGACAUCCCUGUAACAGUUUCACCUUACCUCCCCCACCAGCCGACAGAAAAAGAACAGGACCACGCCCGUGCCCGGUAUGUUACCUUCCAGUAGAAGAAGCAAUUGCCUUGAUGCCAAAUGCCCCGUCAUUUUCCCCUGUUCUUAAGAACUUAACGUAUAUAUAUGAAGAACCAUUAAACAGAGAGACAGAGUUUGGAGGGUCAGAUUUUGGUGGUUAUCCUACUUUGAAACAUAGGAAUGAUUCUUUUGACAUUAAGGAAACAAUGAGCGUACAUUGUGGGUUUGUCAAAGGACCUCAACCUGGUCGAAAUACAGGUUUUGACAUUGAUGAGGCUGACCUCCUUGAAAUGAAGCAGUGUCGUGGAAUUGUUGUUGCUUCAGCUGUAUUUGAUGCUUUUGAUGAUGUAAAAGCCCCACAAAAUAUCAGUAAAUAUUCGGAGGAAACAGUUUGCUUCUACAUGUUUGUUGAUGAAGAAACUGAAUCAAUUUUGAAGAAAGAACGAGGCCUUGACGGCAACAAGAAAGUAGGGAUUUGGAGAGUUGUUGUUGUUCAUAAUCUCCCUUAUUCAGAUGGAAGGCGCAAUGGAAAGGUACCGAAGCUUCUUGUCCAUAGGAUGUUUCCGAAUGCUCGCUAUUCUUUAUGGAUUGACGGAAAACUUGAGCUUGUCGUCGAUCCAUAUCAAAUUCUUGAAAGGUUCUUGUGGAGGAAAAAUGCUACAUUUGCGAUCUCUAUACAUUACAGACGAUUUGAUGUCUUUGUGGAAGCCGAAGCAAAUAAAGCUGCUGGUAAAUAUGAUAAUGCCUCUAUCGACUUUCAAGUGGAUUUCUACAAGAAUGAAGGGUUAACCCCUUAUUCUGUUGCAAAGCUCCCAAUCCCAAGCGACGUACCAGAGGGCUGUGUCAUUCUAAGAGAACAUGUUCCCAUCAGCAACCUCUUCACUUGUCUUUGGUUCAACGAAGUUGACCGAUUCACUUCUAGAGAUCAAAUCAGUUUCUCAACAGUAAGAGACAAGAUUGCAGCAAAAACAAACUGGACAGUAAGCAUGUUCCUUGACUGUGAAAGACGCAACUUUGUAGUUCAGAGAUAUCAUCGAGCAGAACAAGAGAGAUUUGCAAGGCAACGACCUCCGGUGCCUAAUUUUUCUCCUCCACCGCCUCCGCUGGUUUUAAACAGCAGCGAUUUGCCUAGGAAAAUGUCAAGCGGAAGAGCGGUGAGCACAACGCCGCCUAGAAGGCGUGGAAGAGACAGACGUGCAAGGGGUCACAGGAAAGCUAAUUUGCCGGUACGAUGACCAGAUUCGGCUUAAGAUUUGAAAGUAACAAUGCAAGGCCCUUGCAAAGAGUUGGGUACUUCUUCAUGGCUACUCUCAUCACCAAACCCACACAUUCAAAUUUUACCACACAGUAUGUUCUUUUUUUGUUUUUGUUUCUCUAUUGAUUCUAAGGAUUCAAAAUCAAUUUUUUAAUGUAUAUAUAUACACGGACAUUUUGUACUUGGAUAAUAAAUUAUAGUUUCGAAUUUUUGAAGAAAGUUAAAAAAAU